CCUCGUCCUGCCGACAGGCGGCGCUGUUGUCCUCAGCUGUAGAUCACAUGGACGUUCAGAUCAACAACCUGCUGCUCCUCCUCCACAGUUGGACAAGCCAGAGCUGACAGAAGGACUCCAACACCUCUGAUCUGCAGUCAUGUUCCUCUACCUGCUGGGCCUGGUGGUCAUCUUCUACGUCUACCGCUGGAUCAGAGAGCUGCCCAGAGUGUCUGACAAAGGCAGUAAAUAUGUCUACAUCACUGGCUGCGACAGCGGCUUCGGGAACCUCCUGGCCCGGCAUCUGGACAAGAAAGGCUUCAGAGUGAUCGCCUCCUGUUUCACCGAGAAGGGAGAGGAGGACCUGAAGAAGGCCUGCUCCAGCAACCUGACCACCACACACCUGGACGUCAGGUCCAAGGACAGCGUGGAGAAGGUCGCAGCCAUGAUCAAGGCCAAAGUAGGGCAGAGUGGCCUGUGGGCCGUCGUGAACAACGCCGGUGUUUCCAUUCCCUCGGCUCCGUGCGACUGGCUGACCAUCGAUGACUACAAGUCCAUGCUGGAGGUGAACCUGGACGGGGUGAUCGCUGUGACCCUGAGCGUCCUGCCGCUGAUAAAGAAGGCCAGAGGGAGGGUGGUGAACGUGGCCAGCGUGUUCGGGAGGAUCAGCGUUACCGGGGGUCCAUACACCAUCUCCAAGUACGGCGUUGAGGCGUUCAACGACAGCCUCAGGAUAAAUAUGGCUCCGUUUGGUGUCAAAGUCCUCUGCAUCGAGCCUGGAUUCUUCAAAACCAAUGUGACCGACACCGCCAUCCUGAGCAAGAACGUCAAAAUGCUGUGGGAACGACUGCCUCAGGACGUCAGGGACGACUACGGCAGUGAAUACCUCCAGAAGGCGUUGGCAGUGAUAGCAGACAAAGUUGCGAAGAUGAGCGAUGGAGACCUGAUGAAGGUGGUCCACUGCAUGGAGCAUGCUGUGGCGGCUGUCCGGCCUCGCACUCGAUACUCCCCAGGCUGGGACGCUAAGUUUUUCUGGCUGCCGCUCUCAUACAUGCCAACAUGUGUCAGCGAUUACAUCAUGCUGAAGGAAGCCAUUCCUAUGGCCAAGCAGAUACAAUAAGUCUGCAUGUCUCCAUCUAGUCCAGGGGUGUCAAACUCAUCUUAGUUCAGGUUCCACAUUCAGUCCAGUUUGAUCUCCAGUGACCAGUAAAAUCACAGCAUAAGAGCCUAUAAAUAACCACAUCUCCACAUGGUUCCUUUGUUUUAGUGCAAAAAUUAACAUUUAAUGAAUUAUCUUUUUGCAAAACAUCAUGAACAACCUGAAAUUUCUGAAGAAAAAUAAGUAAAAUUUCAACAACAUUCAGCCUCAGUUUAUCAUUUCCACAUUCUAACUUCCAGAUCACAGUCUACAAAGGAACACAACAUUUAGUCACCUGGAACUGAAUAAUGUAGUAUUUUACUUUAUGUUCAAAAUUCCAAAAGUCAAACAAAAAAAAAGACAAAACGCAACAACACAAGACAAAAAUGAGACACAAAAUGACAAAGAAUUAGACAAACGACACGAAACAAAAUAAAAAAAAGACGAAUUAGACAAAAAGGUUACAAAACAACAAAACAAUGGACAAACAAGAAAAAAAUUUCACAAAUGAGAUCACAAAUGACAAAAGCGAGAAACAAAAUGACAAAAACAUGAGACAAACGACAAGUCAGACAAAGCCUGACAAAAAACAACAAAAACAAGACAAAAUAUUGCAAAAAUGAGACACAGAACGACGGAAAAUGAGACAAACAACACGAAACAAAACAAAAAUUCGACAAAUAAUUGACAAAAAAGUUAGUGACAAAAAAAUGGACAAAAGACAAAAAGCAAGAUUAAAAAAUGACAAAGGCGACAAAAAAUGACAAAAAAAUAGAGAAAAAUGCAAUGCAAAGCAAAACAAAAAAUUAGACAAAAAAGUUACAAAGCAACAAAAAAUUAGACAAAUGACACAAACAAGACCAAAAAUGACAAAAGCGAGAAACAAAACGACAAAAAAGUGGACAAACAACACAAGCGAGGCAAAAAGAACACAGUGAUUCAAAUGAUACGCAAAACAACGAAUAAAGCAAAACACAAAAUGACAAAAAGACAAAAAACACAAGUGAGACAAAAAGGAAACACAAAACGACUAAAAACGACAGAAACACGAGACACAAGUCAGACAAAAAAAUAGACAAAAAAUAGCAAGAACUAGACAAAAUAUUACAAAAAUGAGACACAAACUGACAAAAGAACAAUGAACAAUCUAAGAUUAUAGUUUUACUAAUUUACAAUCUGCGGUCAAUGUCUUCUCUGUCAUUUUUACACUUUGAGGGCCAGAUUGGACCCUCUGGAGGACUGCUUUUGGCCCACGGGUCGUAUGUUUGGCACCCCUGGUCUAGUUCAAGCAGUACCUCUGUAUGUGCUGCUUAGAUUCCCUCAGUAAACGAUAGAAUUUAAAGACUUCUUUCUGAGUCUGUCUGUCUCUUCUGUGAUUUCAUUCCGUAGGCUCGGUCGGCCGUUUCCAAAGCCAGCUUAUCUACGAUCAGAUAGAUCAGUUCAGGCUAAUGUCCUUGACACUGUUGAUUAGGCGUGUGUGAAAGGUUGAAGGACGAGCAGUAAAAGUUCAGCCUUGAUUACAAAGUUCACGGGGAGCAGGACUGUUCUGGUUUCUGCUCUUCCUGAAGUGGAAAUUCACAGUGGCAUAGAAUUUGAAUUGCUGGUGUUGAAGAAAUGUCACUCUUAGUCACUGGAAGUUUGCGGUAGUGGGGUGUUUAUCAGUAUUCCAAUGGGCUUACCAACACAGAGCAUGAGUCUGUGAAGGUAAGAAGGUCCAGAACAUUUGCUGAGGACACAAUUCAUAGGGAUGAUUGGAGGGUAGCCGUUUGUAAAUACAAGAGUGAAUAGUGGUUCAUUUGGUUGCCAAUUAGUAACAGAGGGUAAUACAAGGAUGCCCAACCUUUUUUGACUCUAGAUCUACCUCUAGAUCUACGUCUAGCCAACCUCCCGAGAUCUACCAGUCCAGCGUCAACAUCGCAAACCCACACAUCGUUUUUUAAAGUCGUCAGAAAGGCUAUCCGCUGCCUUGAGAAAGGCUUCCUUCACAGCAUCCCCGUCUUUGAAUGGCUUCUUGUGUUUAGCAAGAAUGCGACUGAUGCAACAGAAAGCAAUAUUUGCGGCCUUAUCCUGGGUCUUCGUUUUAGUGAAGAUUGACUGCCGUGGUGCAAGCUGGAAAUCCCUUUCUUUGCCAAAGUUGCAUUGCAGAUCAAACAAACAGGCUUUGAAUGAGAAUAAACAAAAAUUAUCUUCCUCCCAUUCAGGUGAAAAUGGUAGAUCUUGGUAAUACAACAAAGAACAAAAGGUGGUUGAAUCAAGAGGUCUGGCAGACAACAAAAGGUAAGAGGGAGGUCUGACAGAUGGUAAAAAAUAAAAGAUAAAAGAAUUGUGGAUAACCAUGGGGAAUGGAAUGAAUGAGUGACACUAGAAGGUAUUUCUAGCAAAAGGUGUGAUAUUUUCUUCAUCACUGGUGUAAAAACACAGUUUCUCUGCAGUUUUUCCAAGAACAGCAUUGAAACAGGACUGUAAUGUCUGCUGGAACAUCCCAAGGCAGUUUCCUUUCAAGAUGCCGUGAAAAAGUAUUUGCCCCCCUACAGAUAUCUUCUGUUUUUGUCACACAUGAAUGUUUCAGAGCAUCGAACUAAUUUUUAAUGUGAGACAAAGAUAAAAUUCAGGUAAUAAAGGUAAAAUGCUGUC